GGAAUUUCUGGGGGUGACUGGCUGUCGCGUCGGUCGGAACAUUCCGCCUACGCUCCGCCCAGCUCCGCACCCCGCGGUUCUCCCAGCCCGCAGGGCGGCGCGCACACGCCAGGUGUUGGGAGAGGUGGGAGAGGCAGGCGUGGAGGCUGACAGUCCGCGGAGGACUCACUGGGCUCGGCCCCAGAGCAUCUCUGCUGGUACUCAGCUCGGAAGCAACUUCCAGCGAUGCCCCGCUGGAGACUGGCCCUGGGCCUGGGCUUGUGCCUGCUGGCCAGCACAGGCCUCUGGGCCUUAUGGCAGUACGUCGAGAACUGGCAGCUGGUCUCCCACGUGCCCUACUACCUCCCCUGUCCAGAGAUCUUCAACAUGAAGCUGCAGUACAAGAGGGAGAAGCCGCUGCAGCCCGUGGCACAAUCCCAGUAUCCUCAGCCCAGGCUGGUGCAGCGCAGGCCCACAGAGCUCCUGACACUCACGCCCUGGUUGGCUCCCAUUGUCUCCGAGGGAACCUUCAACCCAGAGCUGCUGAGGCACAUCUACCAGCCGCUGAACCUGAGCAUCGGAGUCACGGUGUUUGCCUUGGGGAAGUACACCCAGUUCGUCCAGCACUUCCUGGAGUCGGCAGAGGAGUUCUUCAUGCACGGCUACCAGGUGCGCUACUACGUCUUCACCAACGACCCCGCAGCCAUUCCUAGGGUCCUGCUGGGCCCCCAACGGCUCCUCGACAUCAUCCCCAUCCACGGUUACACCCACUGGGAGGAGAUCAGCAUGCGCCGCAUGGAGACCAUCAGCCGGCACAUUGCCAAGAGAGCGCACCAGGAGGUGGACUAUCUCUUCUGCCUCGACGUGGACAUGGUGUUCCACAACCCGUGGGGCCCUGAGACCUUGGGGGACCUGGUGGCUGCCAUUCACCCAGGCUACUUCACUGUACCCCGCCAGCAGUUCCCCUACGAGCGCAGGCAUAUUUCCACGGCCUUUGUAGCUGAAAAUGAGGGGGACUUCUAUUAUGGUGGGGCAGUCUUCGGGGGGCGAGUGGCCAACAUGUAUGAGUUCACCAGCGGCUGCCACAUGGCCAUCCUGGCAGACAAAGCCAACGGUGUCAUGGCAGCCUGGCAGGAAGAGAGCCACCUGAACCGCCGCCUCAUCACGCACAAGCCGUCUAAGGUGCUGUCUCCCGAAUACCUCUGGGAUGACCAGAAGCCCCUGCCGCCCAGCCUGAAGCUGAUCCGCUUUUCUACACUAGUCAAGAAUAACAACAGGCUGAGGAACUGACAGUGGGCCUGAGCCACAGUCUAAGCCUUAGACGGAGACCAGCCCCAUCCUGCCUCCCUCUGUGAGAGGCCUGGCAGGACAAGGAGCGUGGAGAGGUGGCCACCAGCUGUAUGGGGCUGCACACCCACAACCGCACUGUGACCUAGCAGGAUGACAAUAGCAGGAGACACAAGGGUAUCCAAGGCAGGACCUGGUGGGCUUGCCCUGGCCCAGGACAUGCGGCCUGCUCAAAGUACCUCAAAUCCUGCUGCUGUCUCUGUUGGUGGCCUGGCGCCCCUGAGGCUGCACUUUGCCCCCCUGUGCACAGCCACCAGGACCCCCUUGCUGCGGGGUAGAGUGGUCCUGGGUACUGUGAUGACUGGGUCUCAGGACCACAGAGCCAGCCUCUGGGAUGGACCCAGCCUAGGUUCCCCUGGCCCCACACUGAAGUCACAACACCUCCUUCAUAACUAUGCCUGAGGUCGUUUUCAAUAAAGGCAGUGUAGGCAACUGU